UCAACACUUGUGUGAGUGCAGCAGAGUUGUAUUGAAGGUGCCCAAGGAAAGAACAAAUUGGACAAAGGAAUCACCAGAUUCAUCUAACCAGAAUGAUGUGGUUGUUUGUGGCUAUGACUUUGCAGUGCUAUAGUCUUUGCAGUGGUGCUUCGUCUCUGGACAAACUGUCCAUGUGUAUGGAUGCCAAACACCACAAAACUACCCCUGGGCCUGAGGGAGAGCUGUACCUUCAGUGCGCACCUUGGCGUGAUAAUGCAUGUUGCACUGCGAAUACCAGCUCUGAGGCUCACCAGGACAACUCUUACCUGUACAACUUUAACUGGAAUCACUGUGGCAUUAUGAGUCCACAAUGCAAAAAACACUUCAUCCAAGACACCUGUUUCUAUGAGUGCUCUCCUCACUUGGGGCCAUGGAUAGAGGAAGCAAACCAGAGUUGGCGUAAGCAGCGCAUUGUGAAUGUGCCCCUGUGUUUAGAGGACUGCCAUAUUUGGUGGGAGGAUUGCAAGAAUGAUGUGACUUGCAAGACUGAUUGGCACAAGGGUUGGGACUGGAGCUCAGGCACCAAUAAAUGUCCAAAAGAUACGCAGUGCAGGAAGUGGACGGAUGUCUUUCCAACUCCUAAGGCCAUGUGUGAACAGAUCUGGUCCAAUUCCUACCUUUACACCACUCACUCCAAUACAUCAGGCCGCUGCAUGCAGAUGUGGUUCACUGGGGAGAAUCCAAACAAAAAAGUAGCUGAGUACUAUCUCCUUAACAGUGUGGACCAACAGCUCAAACUUUCCUUCACAGCUCUUCUCAUAUUGUGUGUGACACCUCUUUUUUUAGUUGUGUAAUCAAACACUUGAUGUGACAAACUUGAUUUACUUAUUCUGUACAGUCUGUUUUACUAUAAUAAUCAAUGCUUUAUACCUUACAUUUAUUAAUCUUAAUAUCUUUAAAUCAAUGUAAAAA